AUGCUUGAACCCUCAAUCUCAGGGUCAGUCCAUUUGGGCAUAACCACCGAGGUGCUACUUGAGUUGGCUAGGAACAGGAACAAAAUCCCGUUGCCAAAGUCAAUAGCUGGGCCUGCGGUCCCACUUCCUCCUGAGCAGGAUACUUUGAUCAACCCGAACUACCAGCUUGCAAUUCUUAAGAAGCAUACUAGCCAACCUGUUGAAGAAAUGGAAGAGGAUGAAGAGGGUAUUGAUCCUAGCCCAAACCCUUCCCAAGAACAGAAGACAGAUAAUAUGCAGCAAAAUACUCCUCAACGAGUAUCCUUUCCUCUUGGAGCUAAACGUCCAAGAUGA